CUUUCAUUAUGUCAGUUCUGACAAUUUUGUUCACUUUUCUACGCUCCACUUCCUUCUUUAUAAAUUACAUUUGCGAUGGAUUUAUCAGGAGCCUCAACCUCAUCUGCCAAAACAAAGCCUACACCAGCUCCACUUUCACCAACAUCUACUAGGACAGAUGAGGCUAUAACACUGGCAUCGACGAGUCUGACGAGUCCGGGAUACAUGAUCUCACCUAAGGUCGAACAAUCAGACUGGAAAAUCACGAUUGAGAACAGCGAUGGCUCAACUAGUGAGGUCGAUUUGUUUCGUAGAGAAAUCAAGAUUAGCAUGGGAGGCGGCAACAGCAUGAAGAACAGCACCAAACAGCCGGACAUUGAAAACCAAGAUCCUCCCAAAAACGAAUCCAAGUUGCGCAACGAAAGAAUGUUGGUGCUAGGCCAACACAUAUUGACAACCUCAGGUGCACUCGCCAUUAUCGCCAUUUCAAUCCUCACCCUCGGAAUAUAUGCGCAGACCAAACAUAUCAACGACGACCUAACUAUGCUCAGCCCCACGGUCUUAAUGCUCAGCAUGUCGUGUCUUACAGUCGCUGCAGAUGUCAUCCUGGUUUACAUCUACCACCAGCACCAUCGCCACGGCCGGCCAGCCGCGACUGCGGAACGAAUGAUCCAGAAAGUCCGCGGCGCCACCGGGAUCCUGCAAGCAAUAUCUGGAGCUAUAAGUGCGGGCUAUUUCAAAUCUUCGAAAAAUGACAAAGGAAGUGCAGAUCUGUGGACGUGGGCUUGCUCAGAUGGCAAGGGAACUGUGAAUAACUCCAGCACGCUCUGUCCAAGCAAUCAAGCUGCGUGGAUCCUCAAUCUUCUGCAAGUCACAAUUCAUACCCUUUGUUUUGCUCUGGUACUUUGGAAUUUGUUCUUUAACAAGACAGCUGCGAAGGAAUUUCUGGACUUACUCGAAAAACCUAACAAGGAUGUGGCGAAGAUGGAUGAGACACUUCAUGUGAAAUCAAGCUUAGCGGGCUCAAGUUAGCAUUGGUUAAUCCAACUCAGAAUAUCGUGCUGGCACAGCACAAGCUG